AUGUCACGCAAACCAUUUUCAAUGAUACGAUUCAGGGCGGGGAAGCAGCCAGAGGAAGACAUCAAAGCGCUGGAUGAAUACGAGAUGCAGGUGAAACACUUUUCAGUCGGUUAUAUAUAUUUAGUGUCAGCAGAUGCAUCACUUAUUCUCACCAGUGGCUCUACUGAGAUGGACCAGUGGAUGAUUUACAAAUUCAUCAUCAGCUUAGGAAAGCUGUAUUAUCCUCUCCUCGCUGUCUUCUGUGUUCCUGUUAACAUAGUGACUGUUCUGAUUCUAUCUCGGGGGAGCUGUGGUCUCACCAAAUGCGUUACCCAUUACUUGCUGUCUAUGGCUGCGGCGGAUACCUUGCUUCUUAUUAUUGAACUGAUGGACAGAUACUUUCCUAUUCUUUUUCAGAAAAGUUUUGUUCUUGAGCACUUCACCGAAAUAUAUAAAAUCCAUGACAUCAUGCUGCAUUCAACCACAGACUGUUGUGUCUGGUUCACUGUCGUGUUCACUUUUGAUCAGUUUGUAGCCAUUUGUUGCCACAAGUUUAAACGUAAAUAUUGCACUGAGAAAACUGCGGCUUUUGCCCUGGGAUCGGUGAUUUUACUGAGCGCUAUAAAGAACAUCACGUGGUAUGUUAUGUUAACGGAUAAUUAUCGACUUGGGUACAAAGAUUGGUUUUGUUGUGCAUCAACAAAUGUUACAGAAACACUGGACAGUUUGGCAGCCAUGCGUCUUCACUAUAUUCUUACUCUGGUGUUGCCAUUUGUCGUCAUUCUACUGCUUCAUGUUCUCAUCAUUAGACAUAUGUUACUAUCCAGAACAGUCUGUAAGAGACUACAGGGAAGCAGCAAUGCGCAAACUACGCAUCAGAAUCGGAUAGCGGAAAAUGGAACAGAUGGAAAUGAAUCUCUCAGUAACCCAACUGGCUGGCUCGAUAGUGGAAACGGGACUUCUUACAAAACGCUUAAAUUGGUCUUCGUUGUGAUUGUAACAGGAUCAUUAAGCUUAGUGACUAUAAUAGGAAACAUUCUGGUCAUAUGUUCUAUUAAAGUCAACAAACAAUUACAAACUAUUAAUAACUACUUUAUUUUCAGCUUAGCCUGCGCAGAUCUGAUUGUAGGUGUAUUCUCCAUGAAUCUAUACACCAUUUACAUUGUAACAGGUUACUGGUCGAUGGGCCCAGUGAUAUGUGAUUUAUGGCUUGCUGUAGAUUAUGUUGUCAGUAAUGCCUCCGCCAUGAACCUCCUUGUGAUCAGCCUUGACCGCUACUUCUGUGUGACCAAACCGCUUAGCUACCCUUUGAGAAGAACAACGAAGAGGGCAAUGAUGAUGAUUGCGACUGCUUGGAUGUUACCAUUUAUUAUGUUCACUCCUCCCAUUCUCGUCUGGCAGUUUAUCACAGGUGAACGGAAUGUUAGUGAUGGCGAGUGCUAUGUUCAAUUCCUCUCAAAUGCUGUUGUUACUUUUGGUACUACGAUAGUCGCGUUUUAUCUCCCUGUUACUAUCAUGGUGAUCUUGUAUGCGCACAUAUCUCGAGCCAGCAAGUGUCAAAUAAAAGAUAAUAAGAAGAUGUCAGAGUCAAGCAAGGACAGCGGUUGUCCCAGUCUAAUGAAGGAUAAAAUGAAAAAAAUGGAUAGCACAAGCAUAACCAAUGUGGAUGACGGUACUUCCCCCGUCCAAGAGCAAAAUGGUGAAAUAACAAAUUCUAAUUGUGCCCAAGAAAAGGGGCCAGAGUUAUUCAAUGAGCCCACUUUUUUCAGUGGGUUCCCAUCAAACCAGAUGAAACAAGGAAUGAUGCAACAGAGAACAAAUCUUCCAAGUGAGCAAAGCUGUCUCAGUAAGGAAAUAUGCAAACUAUUUUGUUUAAAGAUAGCUCGCAAAUCUCAAAGCUACAAUAACAGUUCAACUAAUUCAGGAAUAGUACCAACCAUCAGUAGCGAGAAUGGGACAGGCAGAAAGGUCAGAGCUGACGAUAAAAUCAAUACCGUGACCAAGAGUCCUGCUAACAAGAAGGCCAUUACAACCCGAGAAAUGAGGGUGACUCAAACUAUCUUCGCAAUUCUCCUGGCAUUUAUUAUAACCUGGACCCCAUACCAUGUUAUCGUGUUCAUUAAAACCUUUUGUUCAAUCUGUGUCCCCAAUCCAGUUUGGACUAUUGGAUACUGGUUCUGUUACAUCAACAGCACUGUCAACCCAGCCUGCUAUGCACUCUGUAAUCACAAUUUCAAGAAAACUUUCAAGUAUCUUCUCUUAUGUCAGUACAGAAAUGUUGGUGCAACAAGACGAAUACUUCAAACAAGCACUGCUUUGCGAACAUAA